AUGAGCGACAAAUAGGAUCACCGAUCACUUAUCGCAUUUCCAAGAGAUGAAAAGGUGCAUGGAUGAUGGGUCAAUGUAGAGAACAGCUUAACGGAUAAAAGAUAACCACACGACCUAUUCAUCAUACUCACGCUUCCAAUCAAAGCUUGGAAGCUAAUCGCACAAUCUUUCAAUAUUUCUUCUUAUUCUUUUCUCUUGCAUUUAUUCAUUGCCCAGAUCUCAAUAAGAAUUGAUCAUAUAAAAUCAAAGUAAAAUGCUGAUGUUGGAACCCGCCGCCGCUGUCUCUGUCCAAAUUUCAUACGGGAACUUCUGCCGCCGGCUCUCACACUCCACCGGAUUAUGCAUCUAUCGAAAUAGAGUUGGGGGAUUGACGGAAACUUCUUGCGGGAAGAGGUUCUGGAGGGAAAGGAAUGGAAUUAGGGCUUCCGCGAAGGAGCAAUCCAGCUCUUCCGGGUCGGAGCCGGUGAAGCAGAGCGCGAAGCCUAUGAGAUAUCAUCCGUUCGAGGACAUUGCGGAGUCGGAGUUGACGGUGAACGGUGAAGCGCAGCUCACGCCUGCUGAAACUACCAGAACUAUCAUUGAGGUGAACAGCAAAGCAACACUUAUGCUAACAGGUUUGGUCAGCGAUGUAGAAUGCGAGAGCAUUUUCUGGCCUGAUUUGCCUUUUGUAACUGAUGAACAUGGAAAUAUUUACUUUCAAGUAAAGAAUGAAGAAGACAUUCUGCAGACUCUGACAGCUGAAGAAAACCUUGUGCAAGUUACUAUUGGGAUAGAUACUGCAGAAAUGCUAGGUCAAAUCGAGUCAUUAGGCCACCCUGAAAUUGAUUUUGGCAUUGAUGAACUUGAUGAUGAGGAUAGUGAUGUUGAUGGUGAAGGUGACGAUGACAACGAGGAUGAUGAUGAUGAUGGCAUAGAUGAUGAUGAUGAUUAUGAAGAGGAUUGGGUUUCCAUUCUUGACCACGAGGAUGAUGAGAAUGAGGGUUCUGAAGGAUCAUUAGGGGACUGGGCUAAAUUAGAUACAAUGCGAUCUUCUCAUCCCAUGCAUUUUGCCAGAAGGCUUACUGAGGUUGUUGAUGAUGAUCCUAUAGAUUUCAUGGAACUGCCUCCAGCAGGCCUUGCAAUACAAGGCAUUCUAAGGCCAGCCUUCCUUGAAGAACAUGUUGUCAUCCAAAAGCAGAUGUCUGACCACAAAACCAGUAAUGCUGAUCGGAAUCAGAUUUCAAAAGCUGCAGAUUGCAAAGAAACAACUAUUGUUCCGAUAAAUGGUCACAGACACAAAAGUGGAUUAGAUCAAGAUAACCCAAACUGGGCAGAGGAAUUAGAAAAGGAUGAAACCCUUGGAAGUGGAACCUCAUUUUACAAGCUAGAAAUGAUCAAGAUCCAGUUAAUUUCUGCUCAUGGAAAUCAGACUUUUGUUGAAAUAGAAGAUUUUAGGAGAGCUCGGGCUGAUGCAAUUGCACACUCAGCUGUAAAAAUCUUGUCCCGUCUUAAAACCAGUGGAGAAAAGACCAUUCAAGCUCUCAAAUCCCUCUGCUGGAGAUGCAAGGGUAUCCAAGUAGAGGAAGUAUCUCUGAUAGGUGUCGAUAGCCUUGGUAUUGAUCUAAGAGUUUGCUCUGGAACACAAGUCCAAACAUUACGCUUUGCAUUUAAAAAACGGGCAUCCUCAGAGUAUAGUGCUGAAAGACAACUGAACAAUCUACUAUUCCCAAGGACCCAAAAAUUGCAACAGAGGAAAGAAGCUCAGCAAGCUGAAUCUUAACUUCUAGUUGCCACUGUGACUGUGUAUUAUUAUGUUGUACUCUUGGCUCUGAACUGUACAGUACAUACUACAUAGCACCAAGAGGCUUUACCCCAUUCCAGUUUAUUUACUGUUACCCAACAAGCCUUAAUUAUUAUUUAAGUUAGUUCUUUGUAACACUAUGUAUGUUCCUUUGUGACCUUAAAUGUACAGCUUAAUUCAGUAGCUGAUGAUGCAAUUUUGUCAAA